GUUUCUUUUUCAAACGUGUUGGAGCUGUUACACAAGGUGUCUGUUCUGAAAAAUGCGUUUACUUCUUGCUUCGUUUUUGCUUCUAGCAGUCUUUAGUUUUGUAAAGGCUUUUCCAGCCACGAAAGACGKUCCUCCUAUUCAAAUCGAAGAAGAAGACGCUGUCGACGAUUCACUUGGCCCACCACCUCUUAAACAAGAUGACGGACCCAACCAGAAGCAUGGUUUGGUAACGGACGAGAAGUCUGGACCCGAGCAAGAUGAUAUGGUGGUCAUGAAGCGUCGUCCUUACCAGGAUUCUGCCUGGCCGAAAACCGGAGACGUAGCAGAAAUACCAUACACUGCUUCAGGAGUYGACACUGACGUUUUGAAAAGAGCCAUUGAAGUUUUCAACGCGAAGACGUGUGUACGAUUUGUACCGCGUUCAGGUCAAGCCAACUAUGUCAAGUUUAGGAGUGCCGGCAGCUGCAAUGCUUUGGUCGGUUACCAGCAAAUCGGUAUGCAGACCUGUGAUCUGUCAAGUGGCUGUUCUGGAAAGAAAGGAAAAGUYCUGCAUGAGAUGAUGCAUAUUCUAAGCUUUCUCCACGAGCAGUGCCGCCCGGACAGAGACAGCUAUAUCACCGUGCACACGGAUAGAAUCAAGGAAGCGGCUCGACCCAAUUUCGAUAAAAUAAGUGACAGUGUCAACCAGGGACUUCCUUACGACUGUGACUCCAUUCUUCACUACAGAUCCACUGCAUUUGCUGCAACCAGUGGACAAGAGACCAUAACAUCAUCACACUGUUCUCACCUGGGGAACGAUGACACCAGACUCUCUUUACUGGACUACAAAAGAGUUAACAMACUGUACAGCUGUGGAAAGCCUGACUACAAAUACUAUACCGUGCGAGUGGUCACUGACUCAUCGUGGUGGUCUGGAACCGACUGCUUUAUCUACCURACUCUACAUGGAAGCCAGCAAACRUCUACAGAAUUUGAACUCGACCUUUCUACGGAUWCAUCAGCCAAUCUUUUUGAGUCCGGAUCAGACGACACAUUCAACUACAUGGCUUAUCGAAAUGACUUGGGAAGUAUUACUGGGAUUUCAGUCAGAAUGGUCUCCCAUGGAUCUGGGGAAGCUUGGUGGCCAAAUACGUUCACAAUCACCGAUCCAGGCACCGGAACCUCUGCGACGUUCACCAACAACCAAUGGCUCUCCCCUUCAUCSACCUAUGGGACGAGCAACUUCCCGGCUCAGUGAACAGCCCACARUCAGCGGAUACAUAACGACAGGCCUUCUGUUUCUGUUUGUGACGAUGGCUUCUCGUUAUCGCCUUGAAACGUACCAUAGAGACUGACACAUGCACAGGAAACCGGAUAUGACAUGGAAACUUAGAUUAGCAGUAGAUAGUAGAAAACUAGUUUUUGGUGUUCAUUGGAAAUAGAGCAGGUUUUAUGUGGRAUUUUGCGACUGAACCAAUAAGGAACCACGCCAAGAAACUAUCAAAUCAGAGUUCUUUAGCCACGUAAAACAUGACUGAGCCGCGCUGUCUUGUUAUACAGGGUACAGGGGUGCUUACCAUUUACCAGGAAAACCCGCAAACUCCGGCUGGAAAACAAAUGUUAUGUAUUCCGAUCGGAAAAAUCAAGAAAAGUCGGUCUUCUGAUUGAGGUAAUCUACUUUUCCCGCUCUUUUCGGUUCUUCCGGGUAGACGCGCGUACCAUUUUUUCCAAAGUCAAGAUUCCAGUUUUUUMUUACAAUUAACACCCCAGAUACCCCUUAUUACUAUCUGAAGACAGUCAUCCUGUAUUUUUUCUCCAAAACUAUUUUACCUGUUAAACUGUGUAACUAAAAUUCCCCUAACAAGUAAGUUGCUUCCAUAUGAAAUCUGCUAAAUGACCACAUUGUAUUGUAGAAAGUAGAUAAUAAUAUGUGCGAUAGAGUAUAAUAAAAUUCAGUUGCCACUGAA